GGGAGGGCGAGCCCAUAGCGCAUGCGCCCCUCGCCAUGGCAGCGCCGUCGAGGCUCCUCAUCCGUGGGGGGCGCGUGGUGAACGACGAUUUCUCGCAGGUGGCCGAUGUGCUGGUGGAGGACGGCGUGGUGCGAGCGCUCGGACGCGACCUGCUGCCGCCCGGGGGUGCGCCCGCGGGGCUGCGGGUCCUCGACGCCGCCGGCAAGCUGGUCCUGCCCGGAGGCAUCGACACGCACACACACAUGCAGUUUCCCUUUAUGGGGUCGCGCUCCGUCGACGACUUCCACCAGGGCACCAAGGCUGCCCUGGCAGGAGGCACCACCAUGAUCAUUGAUUUUGCCAUUCCUCACAAAGGCCAUUCCCUCGUCGAGGCCUUUGAGACCUGGAGAAGCUGGGCUGAUUCCAAAGUCUGCUGCGACUACAGCCUUCAUGUGGCAGUGACGUGGUGGAGUGACCAGGUUAAAGAAGAAAUGAAAAUACUUACACAAGAGAAAGGUGUGAACUCUUUUAAGAUGUUUAUGGCCUAUAAAGACCUGUAUAUGUUGAGAGAUGUGGAGCUGUACACAGUCUUUUCUUGGUGCAAGGAAAUUGGAGCAAUUGCUCAAGUUCAUGCAGAAAAUGGAGACCUCAUUGCAGAGGGAGCAAAGAAGAUGUUGGCAUUGGGGAUAACAGGUCCUGAGGGCCAUGAGCUGUGCCGCCCGGAAGCGGUGGAGGCAGAAGCCACGCUGAGGGCCAUCACCAUAGCCAGCGCUGUGAACUGCCCUCUCUAUGUCGUGCAUGUCAUGAGCAAGUCAGCAGCGAGGGUGAUAGCGGAUGCCAGGAGAGACGGGAAGGUGGUCUAUGGAGAGCCCAUUGCAGCAGGCCUUGGCACAGAUGGCACUCACUACUGGAACAGAGACUGGCACCAUGCAGCCCACCACGUUAUGGGUCCACCCCUGCGACCAGACCCUUCAACGCCUGACUUCCUCCUGAAUCUAUUGGCUAACGAUGAUCUAACCACAACAGGGUCUGAUCACUGCACUUUCAACACCUGCCAGAAAGCUCUUGGAAAGGAUGAUUUUACUAAGAUUCCCAAUGGAGUGAAUGGUGUUGAGGACCGGAUGUCGGUAAUCUGGGAAAAAGCCGUGCACAGUGGCAAAAUGGAUGAAAACCGAUUUGUGGCAGUUACUAGCACAAAUGCAGCUAAAAUCUUUAAUCUCUAUCCAAGAAAAGGAAGAAUAGCUGUGGGCUCAGAUGCUGACAUUGUGAUUUGGGACCCAAAAGCUACAAGGACAAUUUCAGCAAAAACUCAUCAUCAGGCUGUUAACUUCAACAUCUUCGAGGGCAUGGUUUGCCACGGGGUGCCCCUGGUGACUAUUUCAAGAGGCAGAGUGGUAUAUGAAGCUGGAGUCUUCACUGUCACAGCAGGACACGGGAAGUUUAUUCCCCGUGAACCAUUUGCUGACUGUAUUUACAAACGGAUCAAGCAGCGGGACGAGACAUGCGCACCUACCCCCGUGGAGCGUGAACCCUAUAAGGGAGAAGUCGUCACACUGAAAUCCACAGGGACAGAAGACGACUCUACAGCUGGGACCAGGAAACAGGCCCACCGCUGAGCCGGGGGCUGGCAGUAAAAUCAGAGAAAAGGAUGCUGCUGUUCCCAUCCCAGUUAAACGUUGUCAGCCCAUGGAGAAGCAGGCCUUAUUUCAACUCACCAAGAUCCUUUUGAAAAAAUAAUCGCUCUAGGCUUCUUUGAUUUCCUUUCAGAAGGAAUAGAUGUCUUUCUCACUGUGACUUUGUUGCAGUGUAAGAUUGAAGAUAUAAAUGAAUAUUAUUGUGAUGGAAAGUCUGUGUGAAAAUUCAUUGAUGAUACUUUAAAAUGUCAUCUUUGCUUUUCUUACUUGAAUUUUUAAAAAUCA